AUGCGGACGCCAGGACUCAGUAUUGCGCAUCCAUUCAGUGGAAUGACAAAAAACUCCCCUAAAAACGCCUCGGAAGGCCAGCUACAGGAGCAGCAAAUCUCGGAACGAUACACUUUGGAGGAAUUGGAAUUCCUUUUUAAUGCUGUCCAAUGCUAUCCUCACGUAAUCGAAUCGCCUCUCAGCAAUGCUGAAACUAAACGCCGGAAGACCGUUAUAUGGAAUUGGAUUGCGGGAGCAGUUAAUGACAAAUUCAAACCAACUACAGACAAGAGUGCCAGCCAACUGAGAAAUUGGUGGAAGCGAACCAAGAACAGGGCUAGAAAACGCCUGGAGCACACCGAACUAGAUGUCAACGAGACCCAGGUCGGCCUUUCAAACAAAAAUCGCGGCUACCUCGAGCACAUAUUCAGAGAUAUCUGUGAAUUUAGCGACCGAAUUAACAUGCUAUAUUCGCCUGAGCUGGAAGACUUAGACUAUAAAAACGCGCCAAAGUUCCUCGGUGGGCAGGAGAUCAAUAAUGCCCACUUCGGACUGUUAGAUUUCACUCAUCACAUUGGCUUCCAACAAAUGGUAGCCACCGCGUUCUGGAAACUUGUAUCGACUCUAAAUCCUACAACCCCCAUGGGUGCCACAGAAGUCCCGGGCCUAAAUUCAACUAAUCUCCUUACGGGGGAGGAGAAGAGACAAUCCCCAUUCAAACUUCAAAUCCCUGAAUCUAUCCUAAAACAGCAAAUGCAAACCACAUUUCGGAGUCCCAGUGGGAGUUUCAGCGAAACGCGAGAUCCCAGAGAAGCCAUAACCGACACCUGCUCGACCAUCUCCUCGGAGUGUGCGCAUCCCAAAGGUGCACCACAAGGUCCUCGGUGCGAUGAAAUAAGGACGAACGACCACGCUGACAGUUUGAGGGAACAAGUUUUCAUGUUAAAGCGUAGGAAACUAGAAUUACAAAUCGAACUGUUGGAGCGGCAACUACGCUGA